ACGGAAGGGUAGUUUAGGGAAAUCACGUCAAUGAAAGGUGGAGAUUGAAACUGUUUGUGUGUCCAAGGAAACAGAAACGUCGUCGUUCUGAGACGCCAACACCUGUAACCGUGUGCAAGACGUUAGGACUUAGGGGAUCCAUCCAAUCCACGUUCAGGUGUGUUUGUUUGGGAAAUUUGAAAAUUUUCCAAUAUUCAAUCCAACGAGAAGAGAUUACGAACAAUACACGAUGAGUUGUCUUUCUCUAAAUUAGCACUAACCACAUAUAUCCAUCUACAUACAUAUACAAGAACAGACAGAAUCAAAGACAACCACAUAUAUCCAUUUACGUUAGCUGUAAUGUUAAUGCAUUAGCAUAUAUACCUACACUAGAUGAUCAUUUGAUCAGUUUCACACGAACUCAUAUAUGUUCAUCCAGCCACCCUCAAGAUUGAAUUGGAUCCAGAUUGAUGUCGCCUCAAUCAGGCAAGGGGAGAGGAGCGGCAGUUCCGAAAUUCGGGGAAUGGGAUGUUAAUGGAUCAGAUGGAGGCGCAGCCGGAUUUACCGUAAUAUUCUCGCAGGCCAGAGAUGAAAGGCAGAAAGCCAAGGCGGCUCCUCCGCCUCCUCCACCACCACCACCACCGCCGGCAAUGGAUGCCUGGUCGUCUCCCCAAUAUGCUCGAAAGAAAAGGUGGCUGUGCUGCUUCUGAUCCAAUCCAAUCCAAUCCAAUCCAAUCCAAGCAAGACCCAUUGCAUAAUUCAUAUAUAUACGUGGGUGUGUGUGGAAUGGAGGGGAAAAAAAAACCAAGUGUACAAUUUUUAAGACAGUCCUAAAUUAAUCAAAUAAAUUUCCUGUAAA